AUUGCGAAAUCGGCGGGGACGCGAUACACUGCGCGCACGUUUCGUCGUCGAAUUCGUUUUGACAAAUUAUUGGCUAUUAAUACCGACUGCCUGGUGUCGUCGCAAUACCGUCCGCUGCAAUUUAUUAGUGCUCUCGACUAGCGCAGUAGACGUUUGAUUGUCGAUCGGCAGUGUUUCGUUCACCAUCGCACAUCUGUAACGAAUCGCGUUUGUCGUUUCUCGUUAUAGUUUCACAUUAGGUGUUCGCCGCCUACCAAUUCGCACCGAAGAUCUAAGCGGCACCUACGAUGGUGUUACAGUACACGAGCACAGCCGUCGACCCACCUGUUACGCUGCUGAGAGGUGUCGACAGCUAUGAAAAUGAUGAACUUAUUGAAAAUAUGUUACCUAUAGAUGUGUGGUUUCAUGUGGAUAGCCUCUCAUCAGCUCAUGUGUAUCUAAGGUUAAAAGAGGGCCAAACAAUUGAUGAUAUACCUAAACCAUUAUUAGAGGAUGCAUGCCAAUUAGUUAAAGCAAACAGUAUUCAAGGAUGCAAAUUAGCUGAAGUUAAAGUUGUCUACACAAUGUGGUCAAAUCUUAAAAAAUUACCAGGCAUGAAACCUGGUGAAGUGUCUUUUGUUAAUCCUAGUAGUGUAAAAAAGGUUAAUGUGAAAAAAGAAAAGACUAUUGUUAAUAGAUUACAAAAGACCGAAAAAAGUAUAGUUAUUGAUUAUGAGAGUGAGAGAGCUGAUUGGGAUCGAAAAGAAACUGAGAAGAAGAAAGCAGAAAGAAAAAUUAAUUUAGAAAAGAAAAAGGAAGAAGAGCGUAGAAAUCGCGAAGCUGCUGAACUUAAAUCUUACUCAUCUCUUAUGAAAACGGAAAAUAUGACAGCCAAUACUGAUUAUUCUGGCUAUGAUUCAGACAGUUUUAUGUAAA